UAGCUAGAAGAAAUAGCGACAAGACGCGAACCAGAUGCAAACAGAAGCCCUAAUCGCAAUUCAAAAACCCUAAAACACACCACUUUAGAAUCAAAUCGAGCAUCCCUAGGGCCUCUUUCAGUUUCGCAAUAACAGAAUUGUUCGGAGAUGGCUGAUGCUCAAGAGACUGAUAAGAACAUCGAGGUGUGGAAAAUCAAGAAAUUGAUCAAGGCUCUUGAGGCUGCUAGAGGAAAUGGGACGAGUAUGAUUUCCCUUAUCAUGCCCCCACGUGAUCAAAUAUCUCGUGUUACCAAGAUGCUUGGUGAUGAGUUUGGAACUGCUUCAAACAUCAAAAGCAGGGUGAAUCGACAGUCUGUUCUUGGUGCAAUCACUUCUGCUCAGCAGAGGCUUAAGCUUUAUAACAAGGUUCCUCCAAAUGGGCUUGUUCUGUAUACUGGCACAAUUGUGACUGACGAUGGGAAGGAAAAGAAGGUGACUAUUGAUUUUGAGCCUUUCAGACCUAUCAAUGCGUCUCUCUAUCUCUGUGAUAACAAGUUUCAUAUCGAGGCUCUAAAUGAGCUCCUGGAGUCUGAUGACAAGUUUGGAUUUAUUGUCAUGGAUGGCAAUGGUACUCUGUUUGGAACCUUGAGUGGUAAUACAAGAGAGGUGCUUCAUAAGUUUAGUGUGGAUCUCCCAAAGAAACAUGGAAGAGGAGGGCAAUCAGCUCUACGGUUUGCCCGUCUUCGCAUGGAGAAGCGUCAUAACUAUGUGAGGAAGACUGCAGAGCUUGCAACCCAGUUUUAUAUUAAUCCCGCUACCAGCCAGCCCAACGUUUCUGGAUUAAUACUGGCUGGAUCAGCUGAUUUCAAAACUGAGCUUAGUCAGUCAGAUAUGUUUGAUCCUCGACUUCAGGCAAAAAUACUUAAUGUUGCAGAUGUAUCCUAUGGAGGGGAGAAUGGGUUUAAUCAGGCUAUUGAACUAUCUGCUGAAAUCCUGUCAAAUGUGAAGUUUAUCCAGGAGAAGCGAUUGAUUGGAAAAUACUUUGAGGAAAUUAGCCAAGAUACUGGAAAGUAUAUUUUUGGGGUUGAUGAUACUCUAAAAGCUCUGGAGAUGGGAGCUGUUGAGAUACUUAUUGUCUGGGAAAAUCUGGAUUUGAAUAGGUAUGUCUUAAAAAAUAGUACUACUGGAGAGGUUAUCAUUAAGCACUUCAACAAGGAACAGGAGGCUGACCAGAACAAUUUUCGGGAUCCUGUGAGCUCUGCUGAUUAUGAGGUUCAGGAAAAGUUAUCUCUGCUGGAGUGGUUUGCAAAUGAAUACAAGCGGUUUGGUUGCACUCUUGAGUUUGUCACCAAUAAAUCACAAGAAGGUUCACAGUUUUGCAGAGGUUUUGGCGGGAUAGGUGGGAUCUUGCGUUACCAGCUUGAUAUGAGAUCGUUUGAUGAUUUGUCUGAUGAUGGAGGUGAAAUGGAGGUCAAAAUACCUGCACCAGUAUGUGAGGUGGUUGCACUUGCUUCGACUACUGCUGCUGCUCCUCCUCCUCCUCCUUGGCUGUCUGUGAUGUUGCAUGGAAAAUUUGAUUGUGAAUCAAGAUGCUUUACCCCAAAAAUGCUUCUUUCAUAUAUGAGUUACUCUCCUACUUGUUCUCACUGUCUGGAGCCACAAAUUUCAACAACUUCUUUACUGGAAUCAUCUGGUCUCUGCUUGAACUCAGAAAGGCAAGAAUAAAAUCGUGCUCUUAAAAGAAACAAACCUAGCAUCAAUGAAGGUGAAUCCAGAUAUUUCGAUGUACGUGGUUUUUCAAGGAUGCUCGAGCAUAUACAUGACACUUGAGUGCUUGAGUAUAUGACUAUAUCUUUUGCGCCUUAAUCAUCAUUUCAGAACUUUGAUGUGUUGAACUGAUGUUCUUAUUCUUUCUUGGUACUGCACACUUGAUGUGCUUCUAUUAACAAUGACUUAUAUUUUACAGAUAGCUUAAUGGUGUGUGAUAUGAUGUUAUGAGAUUUUCAGUUUCUUAUUAAUAUGAAAUUAUGUC